AUGCCUGAAUUGGAAGAUCUAUUUGAGCAGCUUAGGGAAGCUCACUCAUCACAGCUUAUUAAUGACAACGAAGAACUACUGCUUGAAGAGAAAAAAGAAGAUAAAGGAUUCAUCAAGGACACAAAGACAUACAACCAAUUGAAAACCAAUAUAAAUAGACUUUCAAAGAUAGAAGGAGAAGUAACAUCUUCUAUAAGGCAGAAACACAGUAACGAUUUAAUUUCAGACAUACCUUUGGAAGGUGAAAAGCUCUCAAAGAAGGAAGCCAAGGCUCAAAAGGAAGAGACAUCCGGUUCUAAAUGGUUUAAUAUGCCAAAAGGUGAUUUGCUGGAUCCUAAAAACAAGAAAGAUAUUAUGAUUAUUCAGCAGAGAGCGGUGUUGGACCCGAAGAGACACUAUAAGAAGGAUAAAUGGAAGGUUUCAAAGUAUUUCCAGGUCGGUACGAUUGUUGAAGAUAAAUCCGAAUUCUACAGCGCCAGAUUGAAGAACAAGGAAAGACAACAGACAUUGUUACAAGAAGUGUUGCAUGAUAAGGAAAGUACCAAAUAUUUCAAGAAAAAAUACAGCGAAAUCCAAGAACAAAAAUCAAAGGUCAUCACCUACAAGUCGAAAAAACGGUUCAGACGUUGA